UGUUUCCGCCCGGAGUUUUAUUCAGCUGCACACGGAGCGGAUUGGGACAAAACAGCAACAUUUUCAACAAAUUCAAACUAUUUUCACAUAAUUUCAUCUUCUGAACGUCAAAAUGGACGAGGAGCCGGAGCGAGCCAAACGCUGGGAGGGCGGCUACGAGAGGACAUGGGAGGUGUUGAAGGAGGAUGAGUCCGGCUCUCUCAAAGCCACAGUUGAAGAAAUCCUGUUCCAGUCCAAACGCAAACGGGUCAUGGAGAGCCAUGGGCAGGUCCGUCUGGGAAUGAUGCGUCACAUGUUCGUGGUGGUGGAUUGUUCCCGGAGCAUGGAGGACCAGGACCUCAAACCCACAAGACUCGCCUCCACUCUGAAGCUUCUAGAAAAGUUCGUGGAGGAGUAUUUCGAUCAGAAUCCCAUCAGCCAGUUGGGAAUCAUCACGACAAAGAACAAGAGAGCAGAGCGGCUCACAGACCUGUCAGGGAACCCGUCCCGACACACGAGCGCUCUGAGGAAGGCGGCGGACACUGUGUGUGUGGGAGAGCCGUCACUGUACAACGCCCUGAGCCUCGCCAUGGCCACGCUCAAGCACAUGCCGGGCCACACCAGCAGAGAGGUCCUGAUCGUCAUGAGCAGUCUGACCACGUGUGACCCCUCCAACAUCUACGACCUCAUCAAGACCCUGAAGUCCCUGCGUGUUCGUGUGUCUGUGAUCGGUCUGUCUGCGGAGGUCCGGGUGUGUUCGGUUCUGACCCGUGAGACCGGCGGACGGUACCAUGUGAUCCUAGACGAGAGCCACUUCAAAGAGCUGCUCCUGAUGCACGUGACUCCGCCCCCCACCACCGCUGCCGCCGAGUGCUCGCUCAUACGCAUGGGUUUCCCUCAGCACACGAUGGUGAGUCUGAAUGAGCAGGACGCUAAGCCCUCGUUCAGCAUGGCUCAUCUGGAGAGCAGUGCUGGUCCUGGCUCUGGUCCUGGCUCUGGUCCUGGUCCUGGUCUCUCUCUGGGGGGGUACUUCUGCCCUCAGUGUCACGGCAAAUACACCGAGCUCCCAGUCGAGUGUAAAGUCUGUGGUCUGACGCUGGUUUCUGCUCCACAUUUGGCUCGUUCGUUCCAUCACCUGUUUCCUCUGGAGACGUUCAGGGAGAAGCUGCUGGAGGAUCACCACGGCGACCGAUUCUGUGAGGCCUGUCAGGGCGAACUCAGGGACAAAACAGUUUUCGAGUGCCCGACCUGUGCCGCUGUUUUCUGUGUGGAGUGUGACCUCUUCAUCCACGACUCUCUGCACUGCUGCCCCCGCUGCAUACACACACACAGCGCCACCUGAUGGACAAACCCUGCAAUUACGUGGACUAAAGAAACUGAGGCGCCCACCUCUUUAUGAGCAUGAGAUCAUUCCCUCCUGACUCUGGAGAUGCUGGUUGUGAUCGAUGGUUCUGAUUGAUGGUUCUAAAACUGUUCAGGAAAAGUCCAAUUUUGUUCUGAUUCUGAUAUUUUUUAGUAUGAGAAUCUAGUUUCAAUACUAGAUUUAGGAUUGAUUGCUAUCUGUUUUUUCGACACAAGCCUACUGAGGACACAUCUUUGGGUCGCCAGAUCCCAAACUGAGGAGCUCAUUCUGCUUUGUGACUGGACAAUGGGCAUGAGAACUAAAACACAAAAUGUAAAAAUUCAAUCUUGUAAAGUGUUUUUGUAGUUGUAAAUAAAUCUGUUGUGUUUAUGAGUU